AUGCGUCCCCUGCCGCGUCCCCGGACAUCUCCUCCGGCCGAUGCUGGCAUCCGGCUUCCGUGUUCCAGUCCCUGCGAGCGCCGGGACGCACGAGACGUACAGGGGGCCGGAACGGCGGCAAAUUUAAACAUUUUUAGAAACUGUCAUUUUCUUAGAAAUGAUAUAUCAAACCAUUUCACAUACAUUUUGUCCCUAGUGCUUUGUCCUGUGCCCUGCCUGCAUUUUGACUGUUCUUUCUGCCUGGAAACUGAGAAAAGUCCAUGGUGUCCAAAAAGCGUCCCUUUUGGUCAAAAGCGGUUUUAGACCAGCUAGAGAACAGCGUUAGUAAAUUAGAACUACUAGCAGAAUUGA